CCAGCUCUCUCCAGGGACCCUUUUGUUCAGCUCUCAGACAUAAGCACCUUCUCUCCAGCCUAGUGCUUCAGUGGCAACUUCCCCGCCUUGGCAAAAGAGGAAGACCCGGGAAAGCCAGCCCUGACCUGCAGCAGCCCUUCGAAAUGUCCCGAUCCUUCUAUGUCGACUCUUUAAUCAUCAAAGAUUCCUCGAGGCCAGCUCCUUCCCUGCCUGAGCACCCCCACGGACAGGAUUUCCUCAUCCCCCUCAGCAUGCCUUCCCCCCUGGUCAUGUCAGUGUCGGGCCCCGGCUGCCCGUCCCGCAAGAGCGGCACGUUCUGCGUGUGCCCGCUCUGUGUCACUUCGCACUUGCACUCGUCCCGGGGGGGCGGCAGCGGGGCCAUCCCCCUGCUCAAGAGCCAGUUCUCUCCCGGCGGAGAUGACCAAUACUGCCCCAGGAUGAGCCAUGCCCAGCACCACCAGCAGCAGAGCUCGGUACCAGCUGCCGCAGCAGCCCUGGGCCACCCAGCGCAUCACGCACCUGUCUGCACCGCCACCACCUACAGCGUUAGCGACCCUAGGAGAUUCCAUUGCCUCGGCAUGGGAGGAUCCGAUACUAGCCACAUUCCCAGCGGCAAGAGGAUGCGGACCGCUUUCACCAGCACGCAGCUUUUGGAGCUAGAGAGGGAAUUUUCUUCCAACAUGUACCUGUCCCGCCUGAGGAGAAUCGAGAUCGCUACCUACCUGAACCUGUCCGAGAAGCAAGUGAAAAUCUGGUUCCAGAAUCGGAGGGUGAAACACAAGAAAGAAGGCAAGGGAACCCAGAGAAACGCUCACGGGGGCUGCAAGUGCACGGGCAACCCGGGGCAUUACCCCAGGUCAGAAGACGAAGAGUCUUUAUCCCCAUCAUCUGCGAACGAGGACAAAGAGAUCUCCCCUUUAUAA